GAGGAGAGAGUCCGGAGUUGCUCACUCUUCACCAUGAGUCUGUUUGUAACUUUGCUUCUCUCCGCGUCUCUCCUGCUGCUUUCUGUGGGACUAACGGGCGCGCGGGCGGACACCUUCAAAGCCUGUCUGUCUGGUCAGGCUCCAGACUGCGCUCUGGUUCAGUCCAAAGAGGACGACUUCGACUGGGAACAAGGAGACACCAGAGACAGACCGGAGACAGGACCCUGGAUACCUGCAGGUUCCUCCUUCCUGUUCGUGAACACGUCGGGUCGUUACGGCGGUCAGCGCGCUCAGCUGCUGCUGCCGCCGCUCAAAGAGAACGACACGCACUGCCUCAACUUCCUGUUCUACCAGGCCGGAGGCCGCGAGGGCGCCGCGCCCGCCACGCUCAACGUCUACAUCAGAGAGAACAACAGUCCUUUGGGAGUUCCUGUCUACAACUCUUCAGGCCCCGCCUACCACAUCUGGAAAGAGGUGGAGCUAGCAGUGUCCACCUUCUGGCCCAAUCACUACCAGGUGGUGUUGGAGGCGGUCAGCACCGGUCAGAGAGGAGUCCUGGCCAUCAAGGACAUCGUGCUGCAGGGACACCAGUGCAUAAGCACCCCUCACUUCCUGCACAUCAAAGGCGUAGAGGUGAACGCUGGACAAACGGCGGCGUUUCACUGCACCGUCAACGGACAACCACAGAGCAACCUGCUGCUCCACCUCCAGGGGAUGUCCGGUCGUCAGGCGGUCGUCAGGGAAACCAAGCCGGUGAACUCUCGGCGCUACGUGGCGAGCUUCGACGUGGAGAACACGACUAAAGGAGACUCAGGGCGCUACCGCUGCAUCGCCCAAUCAGAGCGCGGCGUGGGCGUGUCCUCCUACGCUGACCUCACAGUCAAACAACCCCCCGUACCGAUCGCCCCUCCACAGCUGACGGCGGUGGGCGCCACCUACCUGUGGAUCCAACUCAACGCCAACUCCAUCAAUGGAGACGGGCCGAUCAUUGAGAGAGAGGUGGAGUACCGUACGAUGUCGGGGAUGCUGAUCGACACCACCCCCGUCGAUAAGCCCACCCACAAGAUCGGACACCUGGACCCCGACACCGAGUACGAGAUCAGCGUGCUGCUCACCAGGCCCCUGGAUGGAGGCACGGGAAACCCCGGACCGCCGCUCCGAGCCAGGACCAAGUGUGCGGACCCCAUGCACGGCCCGCGGCGUCUGCAGGUCGUAGACGUUCAGUCCAAACAGGUGAUUCUGAGAUGGGAACCGUUCGGAUACAACGUGACCCGCUGCCACAUCUACAACCUGACAGUCCAGUACCGCUACCGACCCGCAGGGACCGCCGGCAGGGAGCCGGUGAAGGAGGAGGUGAAGGAGGAGGUGGUGUUCGACUCCCUGAGCAGCGUCCCUCAGCACGCCGUACGGGACCUUCCUCCAUUCACCAACGUCAGCCUGAGACUGGUCCUCAGUAACCCCGAGGGACGGAAGGACAGCGAGGAGCUGCUGGUGCUGACAGACGAGGACGUUCCUGGAGCCGUCCCUGUGGGUUCGAUCCUCGGCAGCAGCUAUGAGCAGCAGAUCAGUCUGAGCUGGAGAGAACCGCUGCACACCUACGGCCGCAUCCGCCAGUACGAGAUCUCCUACAAAGCCUUGAGCUCCUUCGACACCGAGUUCGACUUGUCCAAUCAGAGCGGCAGGGUGUUCAAACCGGCCAAUGAGACGAGCCACGUGUUCUCGAGCCUCUACCCCGGCUCCACCUACUCCUUCACAAUAAGAGCCUCCACCGUCAAAGGCUUUGGGCCUCCAGUCAUCACCCAGUUCACCACCAAGAUCUCAGCUCCUCUGAUGCCGGCGUACGAUCAGGAGUCUCCUCUCAACCAGACCGACUCCUCCGUCACGGUUCUGCUGAAACCGGCUCAGAGCCGAGGAGCUCCAGUCAGUAAGUACCAGGUGGUGGUGGAAGAGGAGCGCCCCCGCAGACAGAGGAGAGGUACUGCAGAGAUCCUGCGCUGUUAUCCGGUGCCCAUCCACUUCCAGAACGCCACGCUGCUCAACUCUCAGUACUACUUCAGUGCAGAGCUGCUGAUGAACGAGCUGAGAGCGCCGAUGCCCUUCUGUGUCGGUGAUAACAGGACCUACAGCGGUUACUGGAAUGCUCCUCUGCUGCCUCAUAAGAGUUAUGGGAUCUACUACCAGGCUGUCAGCACUGCUAAUGGGGAAACAAAGAUCGACUGUGUGCGAGUCGCCACCAAAGCUGCUAUAAUCGUCACCCAGCUCACCACGCCGUACAUUCGCAUCGCCGCAGCGUCCGGAGACAAGCAGCUCCCAGGGGCGGCGACCAGGAAACCAGAACCAGAACAAGAGAAACAGUCGGAUCACACGGUGAAGAUCGCCGGAGCCAUCGCAGGAAUCCUGCUCUUCAUCAUCAUCUUCCUCGGAGUCAUCCUGCUGAUGAACAAACGGAAGUUGGCGAAGAAGAGGAAGGAAACUCUGAGCUCCAGACAGGAAAUGACUCUGAUGGUCAACAACUCCCAACACACAACGAUGGUGGACACGCACACGCACACGCUGAACGGACGCACUGUUUCAUCUCCGUCCUCCUUCACCCUGAAGACCAACACCAUCAGCACCACGGUCCCCACCUCGUACUACCCAGAUCCCUUCGUACCGACGGCCAUUCUAGACGACAGUCACACUAUGACCAGUGAAACCAGUAGCCUGGUCCAGUCCCACUACAAGCAGCGGGAGUCUGAGCGGGAGGCGUUGCCCUACCAGACGGGUCAGCUGCACCCGGCCAUCCGAGUGGCCGAUCUGCUGCAACACAUCACCCAGAUGAAAUGUGCCGAAGGUUACGGCUUCAAGGAGGAGUACGAGAGUUUCUUUGAGGGACAGUCGGCUCCGUGGGAUUCGGCCAAAAAGGACGAGAACCGCAUGAAGAACCGCUACGGGAACAUCAUCGCCUACGACCACUCCCGUGUGCGUCUGCAGCCUCAGGACGGAGACGGCGGCUCUGACUACAUCAACGCCAACUACGUGGACGGUUACCACCGACCAAACCACUACAUCGCUACUCAAGGUCCCAUGCAGGAGACUGUGUAUGAUUUCUGGCGGAUGGUUUGGCAGGAGAACACCGCUGCCAUCGUCAUGGUAACCAACCUGGUGGAGGUGGGGCGGGUGAAGUGUUGUAAGUACUGGCCAGACGACACAGAGAUCUACGGAGACAUGAAGGUGACGCUGAUCGAGACUCAGCUGCUGUCAGAGUACGUGAUCCGGACCUUCGCUGUGGAGAAGAGGGGCGUGGCUGAGAUCAGGGAGAUCCGUCAGUUCCAUUUCACCGGUUGGCCCGAUCACGGCGUUCCUCUUCACGCCACCGGUCUGCUCGGCUUCAUCCGCCGGGUCAAGGCCAAAACUCCGCCCACCGCCGGCCCCACCGUGGUCCACUGCAGUGUGGGGGCGGGGCGUACCGGCUGCUUCAUCGUGAUCGACAUCAUGCUGGACAUGGCGGACAGAGAAGGAGUGGUGGACAUCUACAACUGUGUCCGAGAGCUGAGAGCCCGCAGGGUCAACAUGGUCCAGACCGAGGAGCAGUACGUCUUCAUCCAUGACGCCAUCUUGGAGGCGUGUCUCUGCGGGGACACGGCUAUUCCAGCCAAUCAGCUGCGGUCCGUUUACUACGAGAUGAACCGAUUGGAUCCUCAGACCAACUCCAGUCAGAUCAAAGAGGAGUUCAGGACUCUGAACAUGGUGACGCCCACGCUGCGGGUGGAGGACUGCAGCAUCGCUCUGUUGCCUAGGAACCACGAGAAGAACCGCUGCAUGGACGUGUUGCCUCCGGACCGCUGCCUGCCGUUCCUCAUCACCAUCGACGGAGAAAGCUCCAACUACAUCAACGCGGCUCUGAUGGACAGCUACAAGCAGCCAUCGGCAUUCAUCGUUACCCAGCAUCCUUUGCCCAACACGGUGAAGGACUUCUGGCGUCUGGUCCUCGACUACCACUGUACGUCCAUCGUCAUGCUGAACGACGUGGACCCCGCACAGCUGUGUCCUCAGUACUGGCCUGAGAACGGCCUCCAUCGUCUCGGCUCCCUGCAGGUGGAGUUUGUCUCUGCCGACCUGGAGGAGGACGUCAUCAGCCGCAUCUUCAGGAUCUACAACACAGCCAGGCCUCAGGACGGGUACCGCAUGGUGCAGCAGUUCCAGUUCCUGGGCUGGCCGAUGUACCGGGACACGCCGGUGUCCAAGCGCUCCUUCCUCAAACUGGUUCACCAGGUGGACAAAUGGCAGGAGGAGUACGACGGAGGGGAGGGCCGCACGGUGGUACACUGCCUGAAUGGAGGAGGUCGUAGUGGAGUGUUCUGCAGUAUCAGUAUAGUGUGUGAGAUGUUGAGGCAGCAGCGCUGCGUUGACGUUUUUCACGCCGUCAAAACGCUGAGAAACAACAAACCCAACAUGGUGGACCUGCUGGAACAAUAUAAGUUCUGUUAUGAAGUCGCUCUGGAAUAUCUCAACUCUGCUUAACCUCAACCAGAGACGCUCCUCCUCUCCUCCUCACAGUCUGAGAGGAGGAGGUGAACUACUGACUGAAGGACGAGAAGAGGAGGAGAAGAGGAGGAGGAGAACUACUGACUGAAGGAGAAGAGGAGGAGAAGAGGAGGAGGAGAACUACUGACUGAAGGAGGAGAAGAUGAAGAGAAGAGGAGGAGGAGUAGAACUACUGACUGAAGGAGGAGGAGGAGAAGAGGAGGAGGAGAAAAGGAGGAGGAGAGGAGGAGGAGGAGGUUUUUGCACUGCCUGGUUUGACCCUCAGACUGACUUUGAUUAUUUUAAAUUAAACUGAAGACGACCUCUGACCUCGUCGGUCCUCCUGGUUCUUGAUUCUCUCAUCAGAGUGGAGCGUCACGUCGGUCCACUGAACCCACCUGAACUCACCUGAACCCACCUGAACUCACCUGAACUCACCUGAACCCACCUGAACUCACCUGAACCCACCUGAACUCACCUGAACCCACCUGAACUCACCUGAACUUACCUGAACUUACCUGAACUCACCUGAACUUACCUGAACCCACCUGAACUCACCUGAACUCACCUGAACUCACCUGGACCCACCUGAACUCACCUGAACCCACCUGAACUUACCUGAACUCACCUGAACUUACCUGAACUCACCUGAACUCACCUGAACCCACCUGAACUCACCUGAACUUACCUGAACCCACCUGAACUCACCUGAACUCACCUGAACCCACCUGAACUCACCUGGACCCACCUGAACUCACCUGAACUCACCUGAACUUACAUGAACUCACCUGAACCCACCUGAACCCACCUGAACUUACCUGAACCCACCUGAACCCACCUGAACUUACCUGAACCCACCUGAACUCACCUGAACCCACCUGAACUCACCUGAACUCACCUGUUCUCGUUGGGUGAGAGAUUCUCACUUCUAGUUUGUUAUUAAAACAGUUUAUUAAAAUAAGAAUAAAGUGAAUCCACCAAAGACCUAAAACAGGAGACCAGAUGUGUGGACUACAGAACAGAUGAUUGAUAAAAACCCAUCCAGAGGUUCAGAGGAUUAUUGAUUAUGAAUUAUUCAAUCAGAUGAUGUCCACUUACUGCUGUUUGAUCCAGAGCUUUCAGUCGUUCUCAUGAGGUGACCACAGUGAGGAUGAGAACGGAGUCCUGUGGUCGAGAGCUCUGGAUGAAGACAGUAAGAAGACCUUUAGUUCACAUCCAUUCAUCAUCUGACCAACGUGAAGAUAAACAAACAUGGAGCUCUUCUUCUGUGGUGUCUGAUUUCACCGCUGCACACUGAAGGUCAAUGACCUCGUCUUCAGUCUGACUGGAUCCACAAUCACUCCCCGAGUCCGGUCCCCUUCAGGUCCUGGUUCCUGUGGUCCUGUCUGGAGCUCCUCCUGAGGUCUGGUUCUGGAGGAACAUGGCGGCGGGUGUUUAUAGUGUACAUAGAGGAGGAAGCAGGAAGUAGAAUAUUUAUUCCUUCAGUUGUUUUCUGUGUCGAUGUCGUCGUCCUCGUUCUCGUGAAGCACACAGAGAGACAAUCAUGAUGUCUUAAUGUUCCACCGUGAGAACCACAACGUGACCAGGGAACCACCCAACCCUGGUUAUAUAUGGCUCUGGAUCAGUGUAACCCUGGUUAUGUAUGGCUCUGGAUCAAUGUAACCCUGAUUAUAUAUGGCUCUGGAUUAGUGUAACCCUGGUUAUAUAUGGCUCUGGAUCAAUGUAACCCUGGUUAUAUAUGGCUCUGGAUUAGUGUAACCCUGGUUAUAUAUGGCUCUGGAUCAAUGUAACCCUGGUUAUAUAUGGCUCUGGAUCAAUGUAACCCUGGUUAUAUAUGGCUCUGGAUCAAUGUAACCCUGGUUAUAUAUGGCUCUGUAUAAGUGUAAUUCUGUUUAUAUAUGACUCUGGUGCAGUCAAGAACAUUAUUGUAAUGAAAGCUUUUAUUUAUGUUGUAUGAUUCCAAAAUACUGCAAAUAAAAAUGUGU